AUCUAUCAUGCUAUUACUGAGGUGAACGGCUGAUCAGCAAGUGACAUUUUUGUGUUAAUCUGCGACGUUGACAAUCUUAGUAAUAAUGAAUCGUAUGUAAAUCUAGUAAAACUUUGUAGCGUUUUGUUUUUUAAACACCUACAGUCAGUUUCUAAAUAAAAGAGCUUUUAGCAAGUACAAAAUGAAUCUGUAGCGUACAAAAAAACAAAACAAAAUAUUGCUCUGUCUACCUGGCACUGACGGAUUCGUCAGAAUUACGUGUCGUAAUACUGAUAUGAGGAAUUUUGACAGAACUAUUGAAUCAGUCAUUCUACCGCGGUGGAUACUCUUAAUUUUGGAUUCGCAAGUUUGUCCCAACUCUAGAUUGGAAAGGUCAUGCUUUAACCUAGAAAUUAUUAAAUUGUUUUUGUUUCUUUAUAGUCUUCUAAAAUGUCUCUUCAAGCUAAAAUAUGUCUAGGUGCCGCGUGUGUGUUUUCAGCAUCAAUCAUAGGAUACGUUCAUAUUAAACAGAUAAGAGACAGGGAAGCAAUGCACGAAGGAGUCAUCAGAGAUAUAGAGAUGAGACAAAGAAAGAAGGCAGAAAAUUUAUACACACUACAACAACAGAUUGAUCUUGCUAAAGAACUGAAAAAACAUAAUGGCCAUAGUGUUACAUGAUAUCAUUUCACAUGUGAUUAUUUAGUAAGAAUUGAGCAGUAAUAUUGAAGUCUGUCUACCAAGUAGAUGAAUAAAUAAUCUUUAGCUUGUGGGCAUCAAUAUUGUCUUGAGAUCCCCUAUUUUUUGUCAUAGCUUUGUGUUACUAUUACUUUUUUAUUCAAGUGGGCAACAGCCCCAUUGCACCCAAUAUGAAGAUACAUAUAGUUGUAGUUACCAUUCUUGGCAGUUACAUCAUCAACGCAAUAUGAAAUAAGUUAACAGUUUAAGUCUCCAUACCAUGGGUGGAUCAUGGCACAUACUACUCUUCAGCACCUUUCUCCAGUAUGCAUGAAGUGGGUAACAGGGGACAGCUGUUUUCAUACUCUUACUGGAAAUACUCCAAUAAAUUUAGCAUGAGCUGUUCAGCUUUCUCCAUUGAUUGUAUUUCCAGGCAUUGUACAAUUUUAUUAUAUAUAAUAAUUUAUAUUUUACCAUAAUGACAAAGUUUUCGAGACAGAGGCACACAACUAAAAAACAUAUGUCUUUGAGCUUACUGUACAAACAUUCACAGGGGUAGGUUGCAUGUGUAUGUAUGGGGAUAUAUAAAGGGAUACUGGUAGUCUUACAUUUACCUGACAAGAACGGUGACUACAACUAUAGACAAUUUUAUACUAUAAGUAUCUAUUUUGUACUAAGCAUAUGAUAAAAAUAAACAAACAAAUAUUUCAAAGAAUA